AUGCACCGCCGGCGUUGGGCCAUAUGGUCCUCGAGCAAGGAAAGAAAAACGGUAGCUGUGAUCUUGAUUGAUGCACUGUGUCUCGGAUUGCGGUCAUUUUUGUGUUUCAGCAAAAGCUUUUUGUUUUUGCUUUGCAAUUUCACCGUUCCUUUCUCUUCAGAGCUAAGCCGCAUGGAUACAAUUCAUUCAGAGAAGAAGUUGAACAUAAUUUUAUUGAAAAAUUGUGGAGAGACUGUGCCCAGAAAAGAUUUCAACCAAACUAACUAUGCAUCAGCAAAAUUACAAGAUGAAAUGAGAAAAAGUAGCCUCUGUGAUCCUGUACAAAUGUCGGCAUCUCCAAUGACAAGCAGUUUGGAUAGGCCUUGCAUGAUCCCCCUUCUAUCCAUUCCCAAUGUAGAAGAGAAUAGCUCAAAGGCAUCUAUUGUCUUCACUGGAACAGCCGGUAAAGGGGGAACAGGACCAUCUAUUGGAGCUGUGGACAUUGGUGUCAGCAAAUCUGCAUAUUUCUUCCGAGUCUCUCUACCAGGAGUAAAGAAGGAUCCUGGUCUGUUUAGCUGCGAGAUUGAACGUGAUGGUAAGGUCCAUAUAGUAGGCGUGACAUCAACUGGUGGAAGAACUGUUUUAAAACAUUCUCGAGUUUUUGAAAUAAAAUUUCAGCAACAGUGCCCACCUGGACCCUUCACUCUUUCGUUCAGUCUGCCGGGGUCUGUUGAUCCAAGAUUGCUUGUUCCCAACUUCAGGUCUGAUGGUAUUUUUGAAGCUGUUGUUGCAAAAUAUGAGUAACAUCUGGCAAGGACCUGAGGUACAUUAUCAAUCCUUUGUAACAGCAACGGCACAGUAUAGCUCUUCUGUACCAUCUCCCAAUUUUGGGCCUUAAGUGCCUUUUGUGGUAUGUAUAGCAGGGAGUGUAGGGAAGGGUCUAAGAUUGCCAUGAUGUGCCUUUUGUGCUAUGUAUAGCAGAGAGUGUAGGGAGGGGUCUAAGAAACUGGAGGUAUUGGUCUGUCUGACCAGUAUGGCACCUUGUUAAAGCAUAAACUGCUGAUCCCUCAAAUACCAGUCAGUAAUUCUCUCUCUCUCUCU